CUGUGCACACCAUGGCGGGCAGAGUGCGAAUGUCAGCCUGGAAGGUGAGCAAAGCUCUUUAAUCGGAGUGAAAACGGGACUGUAAAGAAAGGGAGGUGGUAUCGACGUCUUUUGGGAGACUUUUCGUCUUAAUUUACGCUGCUGGAGCUAACGUAUUUUGCCGGACACGCCGUGCAGUAUUGCCGUUGUGAACGUGUAGAACUCAGGGUGUGUAGCGGGUGGCGAAACUUCUCAGUCGUGGUUGGCAUCUCCCCUGAGGGGAGCGGUUUUCUGGGAACAUGCUUUGUACUUUUCUGAGAGCUAUACAAUAUACAGAGAAGCUGCACAGGUCCUCGGGGAAACGGUUGUUUUUGCCACACCUUGUGCUCAGUAAAGCUUGCUUGAAGACAAAGCCCAGUUUGAGAUGGGGGCUGCCGGGCCAGGAGAAAACAGUGCGCCCUGGACGUGUGCUUGGAGUCCCCCAGAAGACCCUCUGGACGCAGGGACAGAGCCCCCGGGGAGCAGAGGAAGACAGCAGCAAGCAAGUGUCUGUGCGCAGUCAGAGAGGGGAGCCCGCCAUCCCAACGUCACAGAAAGUGAAAGAAGCUGGAAGAGAUUUUACCUACUUAAUAGUGGUGCUUAUUGGAAUCAGCGUUACAGGUGGCUUGUUUUACACGAUUUUCAGAGAACUUUUCUCUUCAACCAGUCCUAAUAAGAUAUAUGGCAAAGCCUUAGAAAAAUGCCGAUCGCAUCCAGAGGUUGUAAGUGUCUUUGGGGAGCCUGUUAAAGGCUAUGGUGAGAUGACAAGACGUGGCCGGAGGCAGCAUGUCAGUUUUAUUGAAUAUGUAAAAGAUGGGCUGAAACACAUGCGUGUGAAAUUCUACAUCGAGGGCUCGGAGCCUGGGAAGCUGGGAACAGUGCAUCUGGAAGUGAAAGAGAACCCAGGAAGUGGCAAAUACGAAUUCCGGUAUAUCUUUGUGGAACUUGAGUCCUACCCUAGAAGAACUAUUGUCAUCGAAGAUAAUCGAUCUGAAAGUAAUUAAAAGAGGUGAGCAGGCCUGCUGUUUCCUGAUGGAUGGUGAAUGGUGCUGACUCACAGCCUGGUCUGUUCAUUUGAGUAAGUCCAUUUGAGUAAGACAGGAAAGAGCAGUUAGCUCAUAAAGGUGACUGUACUGCUUAAUUGCUGCAUGUAGACAAACUGGAUUAGCUUCUGGUACAGUGAAAAAUCGUGAAUAGAGCAUAUCUCAUUGAAUGAUCCACCAUGGACAGUAUUUCUGAUCUACUUAACAUCAUCUUUCAUAAGAAAUUGUUGUUAUCAAAGUUUUACAUCACGUAAAUAAGAAGAUAGGGGUCAGUGUUUUAUGCUUUUCUGUGUUGUCUAACUGUAUAAAAUCUGAAAUAAAAUUAAAAUAAAAAGA